UAAAAGGGGGAUGCCAGAGGAAUUCUACUGUGAAGGAGCCUCUUAAAAGCAACACACACAAGAUUGAGGUUGACUGUAGGGGCUGUCAACCAAGCCUCGCAGUUGCUCUGUCCAUCCCUGCUGUACAACUUUUAGGGGCAUUUUGAUUUUUUUGAAGCUGGAUAUACUCGCAUACAAUCAAGGAACAGGAACAUACAGACAUUUUCGAUGGUCAUUUAAACCUCUUUUACCUCAGAAGAUCUCAAGAUAGAUUUUAAGGUCCAUUUCGAAGACAUUUGAGGAACAUCUCCUUGAACCACUGGAACCUAUCUUCAGAACCCCCUGUGCGGUUGGUGGGAGACGCACCUCAGCUCCAUCUUCAGUUGUAGCCUGUGGAGAGCAUCAGAGAUGAGAGGGAGACUGCCUCUCCUGCCGCUGCUGGCUUCUCUUCUGGCUCUCUGCUGGCUGGCCGCCGGCACGGACGGGGAGACGGAGACAGAGACAGAGACGGCCAGACAGGCGCUGAUUCAGCAUGACGACAACAACGGCGAGCGGUCUGCUGCUGCGGAUGAAAUGACAGGGGUGAAGGACUGGAGACAGGAUGGGGCUGGUCUGAUGGAGGACGUGGGCCUUGGGGUGAUGGAUGCCAUGGAGUACAACAAUAACAACAACAACCACAGUCCACGCACCAGGAGAGCACCGGAGGAGGACCCAGCAGGAAAGCCAAAGUCAAAGAAGCCAAGAUCGCCAAAGCCGACCAAGAAACCAAAGGCGCCCAAGCCGACUAAGAAACCCAAACCCACCAAAAAGCCCAAAGCCACCAAGGCCCCCAGAGCCACCAAGAAGCCCAAAGCCACCAAGGCCCCCAAAGCCACCAAGAAGCCCAAAGCAGAGAAGUCCACUCCCAUGCCCAAGCCCACGGUCAGGAAGCCCACCAUGGAGGAGGAAGAAGAGGAGGCUCUUCUCCGGGAGCUGGGUUGGGGAGACAACUCUGACAACACUGAGCAGGGCGAAGUGCUGGAGUGUGCGUAUGCGGAUAACGAGGGAGGAUCCGACCCAGACGGGGGCUCCAGCAUCCAGUGUGGCCAGGGCUCUCGCUGCUACGGCCUGUGGGAGAGGACCCGCUACGGGGACACCCUCCUCCUCAAGCAGGGCUGCUGGACGCAGGUAAGCCAUGAGCAGAGCUGCCACCAGGAGCAGUGUGUGCUGACCGGCGCCGCCCCCCAUCUCUUCUGCUGCUGCAGCACACACAUGUGCAACCUCAACUUCACCGAGUCACACACACCCUACGCUGUCGCUGAACCAACAGAGCCUGACCUGUGGAUGAUGAGGCGAAGGGAGCAGACCACCACCGAAGACCCAAGCAUAUACCUACCUAUACCAGAGGAGGGCGCCCCAACUGUUGUUGUGCCUUGGUAUGAAGAGUACGACUACGUUGACCUGGCAGCAAAGAAAGAGGCAGAGGAGGAAGAGAAGGCUCGGAAGGAGAAGGAGGAGAGAGCUGAAAAACAGAGGAAACAGUGGGAGGAGGAGGAAGAGGAGAGAAGAAAGCAGACCCCCGUCUACGUCGAACCCAAAAAAUGUCCUCCACUGGGUGUGGAGUCUCACAGGGUAGAGGAUGAUCAGCUGUCUGCCUCCUCCAAUGCCCAUUACGGCUUCUCUGCCCAGAGAGGACGCCUCAAUAUGCAGGGCCUGAGUGAUGAGGAGGACACCCCGUACGGUGGGGCCUGGUGCGCUGGCCUGGAUGAGAAGCAGCACUGGUUCCAGCUGGACGCCCGGAAGGAGAUGGAGUUCACUGGUGUCAUCACACAGGGACGCAGCUCUGAAAUACAUGAAGAUUUUGUGUCUUCAUACUAUGUGUCCUUCAGUAAUGAUACUCGGGAAUGGACAGUACUUCAUGAUGGCUAUGCGGAAUGGCUCUUCUAUGGGAAUGUGGAUAAAGAUACUCCGGUGCUAACUCAGUUUGCCUGGCCGGUGGUGGCCCGCUACAUCCGCAUCAUGCCUCAGACCUGGAACGGCACCCUGUGCAUGCGCAUAGAGGUCAUGGGCUGCCCCCUACCAAAGAGCUACAAGAGUGAGAAUGAAGUUCUCAACACAGAUGACCUGGACUUCAGGCACCACAACUACAAAGAGAUGAGACAGAUGAUGAAAGUUAUAAAUGAGGAGUGUCCGAACAUCACCAGGAUUUACAACAUUGGGAAAAGCCAUCAGGGUCUCAAGAUGUACGCCAUGGAGAUCUCAGACAACCCAGGGGAACAUGAAACAGGUGAACCUGAAUUUCGCUACACGGCCGGUCUCCAUGGAAACGAAGUUUUGGGUCGAGAGCUGAUCCUGCUGUUGAUGCAGUUCAUGUGUAAAGAGUACAAUGACCAAAACCCCAGAAUAGUCCGCCUAGUGGAGGAAGCCAGAAUUCACCUGGUGCCAUCUCUCAACCCUGAUGCUUAUGAGCUGGCCUUUGAAAUGGGUUCUGAGAUGGGCAACUGGGCCCUUGGGCACUGGACAGAAGAGGGCUACGACAUCUUCCAGAACUUUCCAGACCUAAAUAGCAUUCUGUGGGGUGCUGAGGACCGAGGCUGGGUCCCUCGACGUGUGCCCAACAGCAACAUUCCAAUACCAGAGAACAGCUUGAAUGGCUCGACGGCAGUGGAGACACGGGCCAUCAUCUCCUGGAUGGAGCGGACCCCCUUCGUGCUGGGGGCCAACCUGCAGGGCGGAGAGAAGAUCGUCACCUACCCCUACAACAUGCAGCGGCCAUCCAGGGCCAUGGGGGGCCGGCUGCGGCGCCCGCCCGGCAUGGACCACGAGAUGAACGAGGAGACGUGGGCGCGCAUCCAGCGGCAGAACGAGGGCGCGCUGAAGGAGACGGCGGACGAGAGCAUGUUCCGCUGGCUGGCCAUGACCUACGCCCACAGCCACCUGACCAUGACCCAGACCCAGCGCGGUUCCUGCCAUGCCGACGACAUCACUGGAGGCGAGGGGUUCAUCAACCACGCCAGCUGGAAGCCUGUUGUAGGCAGCAUGAAUGACUUUAGCUAUCUGCACACCAACUGCUUUGAGAUUUCGGUCUUCCUCGGCUGUGACAAGUUCCCCCACGAGAGCGAACUGCCUCAGGAAUGGGAGAACAACCGAGAGUCUCUUCUGGCCUUCAUGGAGCAGGUCCACCGUGGCAUUAAGGGCAUGGUGAGAGACGCAAACCUGAAUCCUAUCGCAAAUGCCAGCAUUUCAGUGGAAGGCAUCAAGCAUGCCGUGAGGACAGCUUCAACAGGGGACUACUGGCGGCUGCUGAACCCCGGGGAGUACAAGGUGACGGCCCGUGCCGAGGGCUACACCCCCCAGACGCGCCUCUGCAUGGUGGGCUACGAGAAGUUUGCCACGCCCUGCAGCUUCAAGCUGGCCAAGUCCAACUGGGACCGCAUCCGACAGAUCAUGGCCACCAACGGCAACCGGCCCAUCCGGCUGAUCACCAAGCCUCCGCCCCCCAGACCCACGGAGAGCGUGGACACCAACCAGGUCAACGGGAACGGUCGGGUCAACGGGGAAGAAGAGAGGGCGUCCAGUCAAAACAGUGAGCGCCUCCGCCGACUUCGCAUGAUGCGUCUGCGCAGGCUACGGCAGCAGAGGCUGAGGGGGGAAGGAGGGGGCAGGUUCCCAGCUGCCCCCACCACCACCACCACCACCAUGCCGCCUACGACCACCACUCCAGAACCAGUGCCAGAGACCACCACCUCCUGGUAUGAUUCGUGGUUCGAGGAGGAGGAUAAUAACGAGUUUACUACUCAGAGCCCCGUUGAGACAGAACUCUUUGAGGCAGAGCCCACGCCUGAUGACGACGGUUUUGAGUACACUAUUGACGAGUAUUAACACAUUAUGAUUAUCUAAAAAUGACCUUUUUUAUCAAACGUUGUAAAAAAAUGACAUGUGACAUAGCACAGUGCAUUCUUUAUUACUGCAAUACUUCAGUAUGAAGGAGCUUAUUAUUUUAAACAUUUCUCUCUGCUGCGCAAAGAGUUUCAAGUACAAACACAGAAUAACUUAAUGCCAAAAAAUGUCUUUGUUUGUUUGUGAUCUGCCUGAAUCAUUUGAUAUGCCACUUUUCACUUCCUUUAGGCUACUUUUCACUUGGACAAAUGUAUAGGGUCAAUGGAAAAUGAUGUGUUUGGUGUGUCUUUUUGUGGACAAAUAUUUUUUUCAAAUAAAAUAACAAAACCCAUGGUGUCUUGUCUUCCGUUGC